GGAGACGCCGCCGGCUGCGGCUGGCGCAAGGCGGGGAGUGGUGACAGGUGCCUUUGAGCCUGAGCUGUGAGUGGCCGGUGGAGAGGCCACCAGGAAGCCAGCCCUACCAUGAGUCUGUGGGCACUUGAAGCCAGCCACAGCGGCGGGGGCACUCCCGGGCCAGCCCAGGAGCCCACCCCUGACGAGGCAUCUGCAACAGAGCUGCAGAUGAAGGUCGACUUCUUCCGGAAGCUGGGCUACUCAUCCGCUGAGAUCCACAGCGUCCUGCAGAAGCUGGGAGUCCAGGCGGACACCAACACAGUGCUGGGUGAACUGGUGAAACAUGGGUCAGCAGCUGAGCGCGAGCGCCAGACCUCACCAGACCCCUGCCCUCAGCUCCCUCUGGUUCCUCGGGGUGGGGGCACGCCCAAGGCUCCCACCCUGGAGCCCUCGCCCCCAGAGGAGGACAAGGAAGGCAGUGACCUGAGGCCUGUGGUCAUCGACGGGAGCAACGUCGCCAUGAGUCACGGGAACAAGGAGGUGUUCUCCUGCCGGGGCAUCCUGCUGGCAGUGAACUGGUUCCUGGAGCGUGGCCACACGGACAUCACUGUGUUUGUGCCAUCCUGGAGGAAGGAGCAGCCCAGGCCCGACGUGCCCAUCACGGACCAGCACAUCCUGCGGGAACUGGAGAAGAAGAAGAUCCUGGUGUUCACACCAUCGCGGCGCGUAGGCGGCAAGCGGGUGGUGUGUUACGAUGACCGCUUCAUUGUCAAGCUGGCCUUCGAGUCAGAUGGGGUGGUGGUCUCCAACGACACCUACCGCGACCUCCAGGGCGAGCGCCAGGAGUGGAAGCGUUUCAUCGAGGAGCGGCUGCUCAUGUACUCCUUCGUCAACGACAAGUUCAUGCCCCCUGACGACCCCUUGGGCCGCCACGGGCCGAGCCUGGACAACUUCCUGCGUAAGAAGCCCCUCACUGCUGAGCACAGGAAGCAGCCUUGUCCCUAUGGAAGGAAAUGCACCUAUGGGAUCAAGUGCCGAUUCUUCCACCCCGAGCGGCCGAGCCGCCCCCAGCGCUCUGUGGCUGACGAACUCCGUGCCAAUGCCCUCCUCUCACCCCCCAGGGCCCCAGGCAAAGACAAAAGUGGCCAGCGACCGUCACCUUCUCCCGGCUCUCUGCCAACAGAGCAUGAGCACUGCAGCCUGGAUGGGAAGAAGGUGGGGGCCCAGGCAUGCCCAGGGCCCCACCGGGAGGGUCCUACCCAAACCUUUGCGCCCGCGGGCAGGAGCCUCCCACCCAGUGGGGGCAGUGGCGGUGGCAGUUUUGGGCCCACAGACUGGCUCUCACAGACGCUAGACUCUCUGCCGUACACAUCCCAGGAUUGCCUGGAUUCAGGCAUUGGCUCCCUGGAGAGCCAGAUGUCAGAACUGUGGGGGGUCCGAGGGGGGGCCCCUGGCGAGCCAGGCCCACCACGGGGUCCUUACACUUGCUACAGCCCCUACAGGGCUGAGCUCCCAGCUGCUCCGGCCUACUCUCCCUUUGGCCGGACCAUGAGUGCUGGUCAUUUCAGUGUCCCUGCUGACUACGCACCCCCACCUGCAGCCUUUCCGCCUCGAGAGUAUUGGUCUGAGCCGUACCAGCUGCCCCCACCCACCCCAGGGCCACAGGAGCCCCAGAUGCCUGGCUCAGGGGCUGACAGGGACCCAUGGGGUGGGGCAGGCAGCCUGGCCAAGGAGCGAGCCAGUGUGUACACCAAGCUGUGUGGUGUCUUCCCCCCACACCUGGUAGAAGCUGUGAUGGGGCACUUCCCGCAGCUCCUGGACCCCCAGCAGCUGGCGGCUGAGAUCAUCUCCUACAAGUCCCAGCCACCCCAGUGAAUAGCUGGUCCUGGCCACCCCCAGGGACAGCACUUCCAGACCUGAGGAUUGUCAGGCUGGACUGAGCAGCCUGUUCCCAGCCAAGGCCCACCCUGGAGGCUGGACUAAAGUAGGGAAGGGAACCCACAAACCAAAGAUACUGUAGGAUUGGUUCUGGCUGCGGGGCACCUCUCGCCAGUCUGCCCAAGUGGUCAGAAGCGAUCAUCCUGUUGAUGCACAUUGUAUCUCUGUAGUUUAAGGAGACGCUGCCGGUAACGGCCGUCGGUCCGUGGCUGAAGCCCCAAACCCUCCUUUCUCUCGGAGGGCAGGGAGGGAGGCAGGGGGAGCACAGGCCGGGCUGGGGGCCCUGUGCACAGCCCCCCACCUCCACCCUGUCCCUGGGAUGCCGGCCUUGGCUGGCUAGUUAGGCACUGUGUGCCUGCCCUUCAAGGGCUCGCCUCUAAGCCAAUGAGGCCUCGUCCGUGCUCUCCUGGGCACCAGGCUUCAUGUUAGUAAGCAAAAUGCUUCUUAAUAACCCACCUCUGUCCCACUGUUCACUGUGCCAUUGCCCCUACCUAGGCCCCCAACUUCUCUUCCUCCCCCUUCCUCUGUACUUGUAAUCACCUUGCCCUUCCCCAAGGGUGGGGGACACACAUAUGGUGUAAAUGUUAAAAUAUUUUAAGCGGCAGGUCCUUGCCUCCCGUCACACAUCAAUAAAG